AUGCUAACUGAGGAUUCCACCUCAUGUUCCAGCACAGGGAAUAACGACGGUAUCGCUGCGCCGAUAGUUAAUUUUGAGUGCGGACGCCAAGCCACGAGGAGGACGCUGUUGCCCUUCGGUGCUCCUCUAUCCCGCAGCCGUCGCCGAAGUAUCGGCGGGGUUGGCGGCAUAACUUCCCAGAUCAGCGCCUGGCCAUGGAUGGCUCUCCUCGGCGAACUGGACAGCACCAAGACUCCAGACUGGUUCUGUGCAGGCUCCCUGAUCAACGACCAAUGGAUCCUCACUGCUGCUCACUGCUUGGAUUCCAGAACACCAAGCACCAUACGACUCGGAGAACACGACUACGACGACCCGAGCGACACCGAACACGAGGACUACGGAAUCGGCCAAAUAGUCGUCUAUCCGCACUACGUCCCAAAACAAGCUUAUCACGACCUCGCACUCAUCAAACUUAGCAAGAAGGUUCAGAUAAAGGACUUCAUCCGGCCUGUGUGCCUUCCGUGGAACCAGAGAAACCCCUCUUUCCUGGUGAACAGUGAAGUCACUGUCACAGGCUGGGGAAGGACUGAGCCAGGCGGCCACAAGAGUCCGGCGCUGCAGGAAUUUCAGGUGAAGGUGUUCCCUUCGUCCACCUGCCAUGCACAGUACAAGAAACUGGUGUCCUUCAAUAGAAUUUGGCCUUAUGGAAUCGGCGAAGAGACCAUGUGUGCUGGCACUACUGAAGGGGGCAAAGACGCUUGUCAGGGUGACUCUGGCGGCCCGGCUGUGAACUUAAGCUGUAAACGUUACACACUGGCGGGGGUCAUCUCCCAGGGCUUCGGCUGUGGCCUCCGGGAUUACGCCGGCGUCUACGUCAAUAUCCGGCAACUGUUCUAUCUCCAAUGGAUCAAACAGACCGCGUUUUAAGGUCGGUUAUGUGGAUGUUCAUGAAUGGUGGUUUGGAUUCUUGGCAAUGCCUUUGUUCCUACAUUUAAAACACUUUAUAGAAGAAUUAAAAUUGUUUUUUUACAAUCAGUUUUAUAUAAAAAAAAAAUCUCCAGUGAAGUAAAGAAAAUAGGCUUUUAUGUAUAUGCACUUAACUGUUACUAAAAAUCUCCAAUAUUCUUUUUUGUACAGUUGUUAAAUAUUGUUCAUCUUCAGAAUUAUAAUA